AUGCCGACACUCACUGCCACUCCGACCGAACUCCGAUCGAUGCAUUCGGCGAUGCAGCAGCGCACGAUACCUCACCAUAUUGAUGCGACAGCGCUCGAUCAGUUCAUCAACAAGCUUCUACCAGCCGACAUUGCCACCGCCCCUCCUAGUCGAACGUUCGCUGCUCGCACAGCCCUCGCCUCAUUCGCUAAUAGAACGCAAAAGCUGGAGGAGAAGAAAGACGCAGAGGAACUGACCGACACCGAUGUCAACGAAGAGCCGCGCUCGUGCCUGAUCAUGAUAGGCGAGGCAGACACACCAUUGCGGACGUGCACCCUGAUCUGGAUCGACCGCAGAGACAAGCUUGCGCGAAUCUUCUCUCCCGGUACAGACAAGCUACGAGGAGAAUGGACACGACUUGUUACAGAUGCGUGCAACCUGACUUCUCACCGCAUCUCGGACCUUACUUUCUACCGACCCAUGGGUAUCACGGAGGGAGAAGACCACACGGGUAACAGGGCGGCCAUUGAUGCGGACAAUGCUUCUCUUGCAGCUAUCGCGGCUCAACUGCUCUUGGGCGUGAGCUCGAACCCGCCACCUCCUUCACCCGAGGAUACUGGAGUUUGGCGUGAGCUGGUACAUACACUUUGCAGCACAGACGCACCACUUCCACGUCUGGACGAACAUCUCAGAGCAGAGGUUGCGAGUUGGGGCUCUGUCACUCGAGGAGAAUCGGCCAAGACAGCUUCGGCUCUCCUAAAGUAUGUUGCGAAAGAGGUCGGCCGGACAAAUACUAUCGCUGCUUUUUAUCUGGAAGGACUACUGCGAAGCUGGUGCACCGGGUAA